GGGAGAGAAGAGGAAGGAGGCUCCGGGAGCAAGCGAGACAAAAAGGGUCAGGCCUGGGACUUGGGAAAAUCGGGAGCGCGGAGAGAAGAAGGAUCAUCUCUCACUUCUUUCUUUUUUUUAUUCCUUUGAGUUUAUCCUCACCUGAAACUUCCCCCCUCAUCUACAUCAGCCCAUCAUCAGACAUUACCCAUACUCCCAUAAGACUCUUCAACGAUGCCGUCCAACACUGUCACCAACACCAACACCACUGCAUUCAAAGGCUCAGACUUCACCGACUCACCUGGAAACAGAAUGGGUGAGAGCACAAUACUGGACAUGGACCUGAGGACAGAGGAGAAGUUGGCUAAAAAUAGUGCCUCUUGUAAAGUUGGCAAGCCUGGAAGAAAGCGCAAGCAGUUUCCAGUCGAGAGCUUUGGCUCCCUCAAAGAUGGUGUGGGUGUGGGCAACAGCUACACUGGGGUGGGUAGGCCGUCCAUGGCACAGGUCCACAAUGGAGACGUGGGCGGGCACAGAGACAGGACGUCCGACGCCUGUUUUCCCAAACAGGAGAAGAGGGAGGUGGAGAACGGGAUCCCCAGAGACCCUUCCUCCUGCCGGGCAGAGGACAGCUCCCAUGGUCAGAUCCUGAGCCCUUCCCAGGAGAACGGAUUCCUGCCCAGCCGGGAAGAGCAGGACUCGGAGAAAGACAAGGACGACAGCCUGACAACACCGCGCAAGAAAAGAGGGAGGCGGAAACUGGAGCGCCCAACGAAAUAUGUGGAGCACAAGGAGGAGGAUGGGGGUGAUGCAGUCAAGACCGAGGGAGGUCGAGGCAGGCUGCGAGGGGGAGUUGGUUGGGAGAUCAGCCUUCGUCAGAGGCCCAUGCCCAGAAUAACCUUCCAGGCUGGUGACCCUUAUUACAUUAGCAAGCGGACCAGAGAGGAGUGGCUGGCCAAGUGGAAGAUGGAGGCAGAGAAAAAGGCCAAACUGAUGUCAGCGAUGAACGCGAUGAAGGAUCACGAGGAGAAUGAAACAGAGACCCAGAAAGAAGAGGUCUCAAUAAUAAAGCACCCGCAGCCUUCAAAGCAGCAGCAGCCGCAGCUGCAGCAGCCUCAGUCGCACACCCAGUGUCAGUCUCAGCCUCAGUAUCAACAGCAAUCACAGCCGUCGCUGCAAUCACAGCAACAGCAACAGCUACAACAACAGCAGCAACAUCAGCAGCCGCCUCAGCAGCAGCAGCAGCAGCAGCCUACUGACCCAGCUUCGCCCACUGUGGCCACGACCCCCGAGCCUGUCGCCAUCGUAGGUGGAGACAAGGCGUGCCCCAAGUCUGCAGACACUGAGCCCGAGUAUGAGGACGGUCGUGGUUUUGGCAUUGGUGAGCUGGUUUGGGGGAAGCUGCGAGGGUUCUCGUGGUGGCCAGGCCGCAUCGUAUCCUGGUGGAUGACGGGACGGAGCAGAGCUGCUGAGGGAACCAGAUGGGUCAUGUGGUUCGGAGAUGGAAAAUUCUCAGUGGUCUGUGUAGAGAAACUCAUGCCUUUAAGUUCCUUUAACAAUGCCUUUCACCAACCAACUUACAACAAGCAGCCCAUGUACAAGAAAGCCAUCUAUGAAGUGCUACAGGUGGCUAGCAGCCGGGCAGGCAAAGCCUUCAUGGCCUGCCCUGACAGUGAUGAGACAGAAACCUCCAAAUCAGUGGAAAUGCUGAACAAGCAGAUGAUUGACUGGGCUAUGACAGGAUUUCAACCCACUGGACCCAAGGCCUUAGAGCCACCAGAGGAGGAGCGUAACCCAUACAAAGAGGUUUACCCUGAGAUGUGGGUGGAGCCAGAAGCAGCAGCCUACACGCCUCCUCCAGCCAAAAAGCCUCGCAAAAGCACAGCAGAGAAACCCAAGGUCAAGGACAUCAUUGAUGAGAGGACACGGGAGCGGCUCGUUUAUGAAGUGAGACAAAAGUGCCGCAGCAUAGAGGACAUCUGUAUCUCCUGUGGAAGUCUGAAUGUUAGCCGUGAGCACCCGCUGUUUGCUGGAGGAAUGUGCCAGAGCUGUAAGAACUGCUUCCUAGAAUGUGCAUAUCAAUAUGACGACGACGGUUACCAGUCAUACUGCACUAUCUGCUGCGGAGGACGAGAGGUGCUCAUGUGCGGAAACAACAACUGUUGUCGGUGUUUCUGUGUGGAGUGCGUCGACCUCCUCGUUGGUCAAGGCGCCGCCCACGCUGCCAUCAAAGAGGACCCGUGGAACUGCUACAUGUGCGGUCAGAAGGGCGUGUUUGGUCUGUUGGAGCGUCGCACUGACUGGCCCAGCCGUCUCCAGCACUUCUUUGCAAAUAAUCACGACCAAGAUUUUGAUGCACCAAAGCUUUACCCCCCAGUCAUGGUGGAGAAGAGGAAGCCCAUUCGUGUCCUGUCGCUAUUUGACGGCAUAGCAACAGGGCUGCUGGUGCUGAAAGAACUUGGCAUCCAGGUAGAUCGCUACAUAGCCUCUGAAGUGUGUGAAGACUCCAUCACUGUGGGCAUUGUCCGGCAUCAGGGUCGCAUCAUGUAUGUUGGCGAUGUGAGGAACGUCACACGCAAACUUAUACACGAGUGGGGUCCUUUUGACCUAGUUAUUGGUGGAAGCCCAUGCAAUGACCUCUCUAUAGUCAAUCCUGCGAGGAAAGGUCUUUACGAGGGCACCGGCCGCCUGUUCUUCGAGUUUUACAGGCUGCUCCACGAGGCUCGGCCGAAGGAGGGGGACGACCGGCCUUUCUUCUGGCUCUUUGAAAACGUGGUUGCCAUGGGUGUCAGCGAUAAGAGGGACAUCUCUCGCUUUUUAGAGUGUAACCCGGUGAUGAUCGAUGCCAAGGAGGUGUCUGCUGCCCACCGUGCCCGCUACUUCUGGGGUAACCUUCCUGGCAUGAACAGGUUGGUGGGUGAAUGGCCUUUGACUGCGAUGUGCACUGACAGACUGGACCUCCAGGGCUGUUUAGAACACGGCAGGACAGCUAAGUUUGACAAGGUGAGGACCAUCACCACCAGGUCUAAUUCCAUCAAGCAGGGCAAGGACCAGCACUUCCCCGUCUACAUGAACGAGAAGGAGGACAUCCUCUGGUGCACUGAGAUGGAGAGGGUCUUUGGUUUUCCAGUCCACUAUACGGACGUGUCCAACAUGAGCCGACUGGCGAGGCAGAGGCUCCUGGGCAGAUCAUGGAGCGUCCCGGUUAUCCGCCACCUGUUUGCACCACUCAAAGAUUACUUUGCCUGUGUUUGAGCAGCAAGAAAAACUCGCUCUGAACCAUUUAGAACUACAACUGUAUGUUGUUACUAGAAAUAAGAGCCUUGAUCCUCAAAUUAUACUCUGGUAUAAUUUGCAAGCAAAACAUUGACGUAGAUUUCACAUUAUUUCUUGUAUUUGAAUUGUAAUUCUUAUUCUAUUUAAUUUUGAUAUGUCAUUUUACCUUUUAGCAGUGUUAUCAAGUAUUGUUGAUUUUUUUGUGCAAGCUAUACUUGAGACUAUGCUUUCUUCUCAAGACACUGAGACAGAAAAGUGCUACAUAUGUAUUUUAAAAGAGAUGGUAAUGCGAUGGGAAACAUCAGAAAGAGAGAAAGUGGUUUUGAGAUAUGUGAAAUGUUUCUGCUGUGUGAGCGUACUGCGAGAUUCCCACCUGCAGUGCAGCCAUGCUUCCAGCUACUGAGCCUCACAGAGAUGUGAAGAGAAAGGCUAUUUUCUUCAGUGUCAGGAGAGCUGUGUCUCUGAGAAUCCAAAACACCAGAUCACAUAUACCUCUUUGUUUACAGUUUCUAUACACAACUGAAGGUAAUAAAAGGUACUACUGUAAUAUGGUUACAAUACCAUGGUGCUCCAAAAUGAUGAGAAACAUCAUAGCCCAUGUGGCACUACAACUUUAGACAAUACGGAGCUAUUUAACCUGUUGCUGGAAAAAACUUGUUUAAUGUUUUUACAUUUAAUGAAAAAAAAAAUCUGUGCCGUUUUUGUUCACUUCAAAAGGAAACAUGGGAGUGACAGACAGUAGACUGCAAAAUGGAGCAUGUCCUCUUUUCUGCAUUUUACAGCUUUUAUACAGUUUUUACUGGUGCUCAUUUAAUCUCUCAGCCUUGCUGCGCUCAGGCUCACUGCCUGAACCUGCACAAACAGAAAAUGAAGCUAGCCACAUGGGAAAUGAUGUUUUCUGUCAUUCAAAAAAAACCUUGAGAUCAAAGUCUGUGGUGAGCUACUUUUUUCUAGUUUCAUCCUGACCAAUGACAUUACUGUACAACUGUUAGUAAGCGUGGUGGCUGGAGGAAGGGGUAGGGGUGACCAGCCUGGGUAACGAAAGUUACGAAUGUAACUACGGUUCUAUGAAUCCUAGAGGACCGCCAGAGGCGGUACUUUAAGCACUGGAUUCUCCGUCUGGUUGAGUAGACUGGUUGAGGUGUAAGUGUGACAGCACCUUAGGUAGAAACACUGCCUAUGGCCACAAAGUGACACCUGAACCAUCUGGAUUCCACCAAAGACAGACAGAGUGUGCAGUUCACUGAUGCGCUUGGCUGACGUAAUGGCAAGGAGCAACACCGUCUUAAUAGAUUCCCACCUCAGCUCCACCUGUGCCAGGGGCUCAAAAGGAGGUUAGCAUAGAGCGUCCAACACUAGGGGCAGGUCCCAGACUGGAGCUCUUGGGGUGCUUAAGGGACACACCCUCCGAGCCCCCCACUGUGUUAUUGUUGACUCGAGCAUGCCAACGUGACAUAGCAGACACAUAUACCCUCCAGAAUGAUAGGUACAGUGCAUUGCACAGGGUCCUUGCCCCGGCGUACACACCAGCGUGAAAAGAGUUUCAACCUGUUAUCAUACUGUAAUCACAUGGGUGGUGCUCUGGCGCCAUCAAUAGUCUUCCUGCCUCCAUGCAACUUCCUCCAUGCAACUGCUUCAUAGCGGCUUAGGCCCUCCAGGGGACAAACGCACAACUGGGAUAGGAGAUCCUUCCAUUCAGGGAGGCACCACAGUGAACCACGGCAGAGCCUGCGCUGACCCAGUGGACUGGUCUUCUCCAUCAAGGAGAACCAAAGGGGGCAGUGGAUCGAUGCCUCUGAUGCAAAGAGAUCCAUUUCUGCCCUUCCCAAAAGACCCCAGAUGGUGUGCACCACCUCUGGAUAGAGUCACCACUCCCCCAUUGGGGGCUUGUGACGGGAGAGGAAGUCUGUAGCCUGGUUCCUCUCCCCCAGCAAAUACAUCGCCUGCGAGCUGGUCAGCCGCGGGGCUGCCCGUGUCAGCAGGUCCCGGGAUGCCCUCAGUAACUGUGCUGAUUUGGUGCCCCCCUGGUGGUUGAUGUAGUACAUGGUCGAAGUGUUGUCUGACCAAACAAAUACAUGCUUCCCCCUCAGGUAUGGCAGGAAGUGUUUGAGAGCCAUAUGCAUCGCCCAUAGUUCUAGCACAUUGAUAUGCUCUGUACAGUCCUGUACAGACCGUUGCCCCUGUACCAUCCUGUUCUGCCACAUUCCGCCUUAAACACAAGAGGCUGGCAUUGGUUGUGACGUUUUUUCUGCAAGAUGGGACGGAGCCCAUCGGGACACCCCUUUCCAUGUAAGACUUCUCCUUCCAUGGGGUCAGAGCGAGGAGGCACUGCCAUAACACUCUGAGCCUUCUGUGUUUGUGCUAUUUGGUAUCCAAGUGGAGCCUGUUCAGCCAUUUUUGCAGGCUCAGAAACAGUAAGCUCAAGGGAACAACGGUUGAGGCUGCUGUCAGUUUGCCCAAGAGGCGCAGGAAGUCGAUAUACGGCAACAACUUGCCCUUGUGGAAGAGGGGAAGGAGCCGUAGAAUGUUGUCCACACAGUAAGGGGAUGGACAGGCCCUCAUAGUGAUUAUGAUCAGAGCCACACCAAUGAAAAAUGUGCUCUGAGAGGGAGUCAGUGAGCUCUUCUUGAAAUUUACUGUGAGACAGAGAUGGAGAGACUGAAUGGAAGCACCUGUAAUUGAAAAGCGGCCUUGGAAGGCAAAACGUAAAAACUGCCUGUGCUGAGGCGCAAUGGGGACAUGAAAGUAUGAGUCCUUCAAGUCGGUGGACCACAGUAGUGAACCUGUGAAGCUUAAAGAUGAAAAGGAACAGAUUCCCUGAUGACACCGGAAGAUAUACCCUCAACCUGCUACUCAACCUGCGCAUACGCGAGACAAAAGACCCAGUGCUUAAAGCCCCGCCUCUGGCGGUCAGGAAGGAUGAAUUAGAACUCUCCUCCUCGACUUCCACCUCUCUAAACUGAAAAACUGUCAGGUGCAAAUCCUCAACAAUAUGGUGCGGCUUCACAAAGUUCUUCUACCUUUUUAUAGCAAUUUUGUGCUGUUUUAUCAACAUUAUAAAGCACUUUUAUAUGUAUACUUUCUUUUUUCUUGAUAUUUUUUUAAAAGAAUAUUGGUUCUUGUGAAUUGUUUUUUGUUUUGUUUUAUGAUGUGAACUGAUCUACCCUCGUGUAAUACUUUUUGUAUACAGUAGGGCUGUGCCAAUAGAAGUGAAAGAAUGGAUUUUAAUGUGUGAAACCCAUGUUAUUUGUGUACAGUAGAUGGAUCGGCAUUUGUAACCCCAAACCCCUUUCCCUUUCUUCCAUCAUCCAUAUUGUUUUACUGUUUUAAAGCAGCGAUACAGUAUGUUACUACCCAGAUUCAAAGAAUGUCUACUUCUAUUAAGAUUGUAAAAUGUAAGACAGAGUUAAAGAACUCUGUCAUGUGCUUUGUGUAAUAUUUUGUCCCUUAUGAAGGACAGUUGGCCUCUGCCAUUUCCCUGAUAACUCGUAGUCGUCAUGUUGACAAAUUUAAGUGCUGAUCCAAAUUUGGAUUACAUUCACAAAACUAAAUUCUCUUGAUUGUAACCUCUUAAGCUAAACAUGGAGGAUUUAGGCUGCAGUUUGUCAAAACAAAAAACUGACACAGUGUUUGACAAAGAUGUCAGCACUCAAAGAAUAAAGAGGAUAAUAAAAAUAGAUGCUAUCACUUAUCUUUAUCAUAUUUAAGAUUCUAAAUUUGAAAUUUAAUUUCUUAAUGUAAUUAAUUUCUUAAGUGACCUUAUUACUAUAAUUUUUUGUCCAUGCACACUGGGCUCAAAAUGAGCUGCUGUGCUUUGUGAUAUUUUAACCAGAUGUUAUUCCCCUACUCCUUCUAUAAUACUUAACAUCCCCUCAUGUUUGUACAUUUUGUACAUAGUUUUCCGGUUGCUGUUUUCAAUUUUUUUUUUUUUUUUCAA